AUGAAAUCAGAAGCUUAAGCAAAAGAAGUGUGAGAAAACAAUAUAAUGUCAACAAAUAAAUCAUCAUCGUCUCCUUCAAAUAACAAUGGGCGGCCACCACAAGGCGUAAGGUUUGGACGGAGAACAUCAAGUGGUCGAGUAGUUAGCCUUUCUCAAGAUGAUGAUCAAGAUGUGUCUGGAGAAUAUCCAAUAUCAAGUACAGGCGACUCUAUGAAUUAUACAGUGAUGAUGCCACCAACACCAGAUAAUCAACCAGGAUUAGGACAAGCACAAGCACAAGCAACUUCUACUUCUCGUUUACAACGAAAUGGAUAUGAUAAUCAUAAUAACGGGUCAUUGGGUGGCAAAUUAGAUAGAAGAGUUUCUGUAUUGAAAUCCAACAACAAGUCAAUGUUGAUGAGAAGUCAAACAGGAGAUUUUGACCAUAACAGGUGGUUGUUUGAGACUAAUGGCAAGUACGGCAUUGGAACGGCCUGUUGGUCAGAGGAAGAUGGUUAUGAUGCAACAAGUGCUGGUAUGACCAUGGACGACUUCACGGAUAAGCCAUGGAAACCCCUUACUCGAAAAAUCAAUAUCCCGCCUGCUAUUAUCAGUCCUUAUAGGUUGCUAGUGGUGAUCCGAUUGGUAGCACUAAUUUUAUUUCUUGGUUGGCGAGUACAAAAUCCUAAUGAAGAUGCACUAUGGUUGUGGGGAUUGUCCAUUGUGUGUGAGAUUUGGUUUGCAUUUUCUUGGUUGUUGGAUCAAUUGCCUAAACUCAAUCCCAUUGACCGAGCUGUAGACCUUGGGGCUUUAAAAGAGAAAUUUGAGCAACAAGGUCGUUCUGAUCUUCCGGGCGUUGAUAUAUUUGUAUCCACUGCUGACCCUGAGAAAGAGCCUCCGCUUGUUACUGCAAAUACUAUAUUAUCCAUACUUGCUGUUGAGUACCCAGUAGAGAAGGUCUCUUGCUAUAUUUCUGACGAUGGAGCUUCCAUCCUAACUUUUGAGGCCAUGGUUGAGGCUAUAAACUUUGGUGAGCUUUGGGUGCCUUUCUGUAGAAAACAUAACAUAGAACCUAGAAAUCCAGAUACUUAUUUCAAUCUAAGGAAAGACCCUACUAAGAAUAAAAAAAAGAUGGAUUUUGUCAAGGAUCGACGAUGGAUUAAAAGGGAGUAUGAUGAAUUUAAGGUGAGGAUCAAUGGCUUGCCAGAUGCAAUAAAAAAUCGAUGUGACAUGUUAAAUUCCAAGGAUCAAUUACAAAGGAAUGACAACAUAAAUGAAAAUGAUGAAAAAUCUGAUAAUAAUGACAAAAUUGAGGUGCAAAAAGCUACUUGGAUGGCUGAUGGCACCCACUGGCCAGGGACUUGGUACCAAAAGGCUCCUGAUCAUGCUAAAGGAGAUCAUGCUGGCAUUUUGCAAAUAAUGAGUAAAGUCCCAGAAGUUGAUCCAGUAAUGGGUCACUAUGAUGAGAAGAAACUAGAUUUUACUGGAAUUGACAUACGCCUUCCCAUGUUUGUAUAUGUAUCUAGGGAAAAACGACCAGGUUAUGACCACAACAAAAAGGCUGGAGCUAUGAACGCCUUGGUGAGAGCUUCCGCUGUACUUUCAAACGGGCCCUUCAUUCUUAACUUAGAUUGUGACCAUUAUUUUUACAAUUCAAUGGCCAUCAGAGAGGGAAUGUGUUAUAUGAUGGAUCGUGGUGGAGAUAGGAUUUGCUAUGUACAAUUCCCUCAAAGAUUUGAAGGCAUUGAUCCUUCGGAUCGCUAUGCCAACCAUAAUACCGUCUUCUUUGACGGAAAUAUGCGAGCUUUGGAUGGUCUUCAAGGUCCUGUUUAUGUAGGAACCGGCUGCAUGUUUCGACGAUAUGCACUUUAUGGUUUUGACCCCCCAAGGGCAAAUGAGUAUAUAGGAAUGUUUGGGCAAUAUAAGCAACCAACAACAAGAAAUAUCCAAGAACACUCUGAUCAAGAAGAGGAUAUGUCUGAUACACAAAAUUUGGCAUCACAUCCUGAUUUAGAACUUCCUAAAAAGUUUGGAAACUCAUCUGUAUUUACUGACUCCAUAUCUGUGGCCGAGUUCCAAGGACGACCCUUAGCGGAUCACAUAUCUGUGAAAAAUGGUCGCCCUCCAGGUGCUUUAAUACAUCCUCGUCCUCCACUUGAUGCACCCACAGUUGCAGAAGCAGUUGCUGUUAUUUCUUGCUGGUAUGAAGAUAAUACAGAAUGGGGAGCAAGGAUUGGUUGGAUAUAUGGAUCAGUGACGGAAGAUGUGGUGACCGGAUAUAGGAUGCAUAAUCGUGGGUGGCGUUCUGUUUAUUGCAUAACAAAGCGUGACGCUUUUCGAGGAACAGCACCCAUCAACCUCACAGAUCGCUUACACCAAGUCUUACGUUGGGCCACUGGUUCAGUAGAAAUUUUCUUCUCACGAAACAAUCCAAUGAUAGCAACUAGACGCCUUAAAUUUCUACAACGUAUGGCAUAUCUCAAUGUGGGAAUCUACCCUUUCACUUCCGUGUUUCUAGUUGUUUAUUGCUUUUUACCUGCUUUGUCCCUUUUCUCAGGCCAAUUCAUCGUACAAGGCUUGAGUGUUCCUUUUCUUAGCUACCUUCUUACUAUAACAGUUUGUCUUAUGCUUCUUUCUCUUCUUGAGGUCAAAUGGUCUGGGAUUGGCCUUGAGGAGUGGUGGCGUAACGAGCAAUUUUGGGUCAUUGGAGGUACUAGUGCCCACUUUGCUGCUGUCUUACAAGGCCUCCUCAAAGUUAUUGCAGGGGUUGAAAUCUCAUUCACCUUAACUUCUAAGUCCACUUCUGAAGAUGAGGAUGAUGUUUAUGCGGAUCUUUAUGUUGUCAAAUGGACUAGUCUUUUUUGUAUGCCCCUCACCAUUAUUGUCAUUAACUUGGUUGCACUUGUCAUCGGCUUCUCUAAAACAGUGUAUAGUGUCAUCCCAGAAUGGAAUAAAUUUUUGGGUGGUUGCUUUUUUAGCCUUUGGGUGUUGGCUCACAUGUACCCAUUUGCAAAGGGCCUCAUGGGUAGGAAAGGAAGGGUGCCUACUAUAGUAUGGGUUUGGUCUGGAUUAGUUUCUAUUACUGUAUCUUUACUUUGGAUUACUAUCAGCCCUCCACAAGGUAAUGUUAGUGUAUCUAGCGGUGGUGUCCAAGUUUGA